AGAAUAGAAUCAAUCGGUUGGCCUCAACGAAUUGCCUUCGUAGACUUCGAUUGCGCCGUCGCCGUUACCGUCUACGUUGGCGUUGUCAGCGUUGAUUUUGCAGUUAGUUUAGGUAUUGUCGCUUUAAGCAAAUUCAAAAUUUGCCCAUGCGUUUAUUUAAUGUGUUAGACUCGUCGCGAAAGCAACAAAUCGCUCGCCUUCGUAGGCCGGAUUGAUGGCACGUUUCGGGAAAAGACACUAAAUUAAGUUUUGAACAAAAAAAAAAAAACAACUUUAUAUAUAGUUAUACAAAAAAAAAAAGUAAAUACUAUUAAAUGAUAGUCGUCGGAAAUGUUUAUAACUAAACUUUGUUAAAUUUGAAGCGAUUUUCAAUUUGGAAGCGGUGAUAAAUCGGUAUACGUUUUUCGAAGUGCCUUUUGGAUAGUGUUGGCAAAUAAUUUGAAUGGUCAUUGAUGCAAAGAAAUAAAACUGUUAACAUAACAUCGAUAACCAAAUAAAGGAGUUUGCGGUGAAUAACUCGCACCGCAAUGUUCAUAAAAUAAAAGUGCCUGAUGAAAAUUGUCUUUGUUUUACAUUUUUAUACAAAAAGGAUCAUACAGAAAAAAAUGUAAGAUCCCAAGUGUCCCAAAAAAUAGUUAUGCAACAGUUAAAUAAUACUAAAUACAAUAAAUAAUACACAUAACUAAAAUAAAUGUGACCAUAAUCAUAACAUGGAAAAUUGCAAUUAGAUUGCCCACGUUCAUACGUAUGAGUACGUAUUUAUGUAAGAUAAACAAGAGCACAAAAUUAAGUAUAUAUUAGGAGAUAUGGAUUGGACCAUUUAAAAUGGAUGUGAUUGAGCACUUCGCUUAUUGCCGCACCGCUGUAGCGACUUCUACCUGAUGAAAUAUAUUUUAUGCUAAGAGUCUGCAACCAAAACUACACCAAGUGUCUUUAUGCGUCUGCCUUCGCCAAAAAAGUGAAUGUUACUCCAUUUUAUAUGAGAAGUGGAAUUCGAAGUAAUAUUGUCUUUUGAUAAAAUAUUUAAUUGUGAUACAAAUAACUAAUAAUACUUAAGAAUAAAAACGGGUUGCUAGUGGGAAGUUAACGCUAGAAAACAACUUUGGAACACAUCAUUCAAGGCCUUUAACUGUGAUUUAAACUGACAUCUUUCUUUUGCAUAAACGUAUAUUAUUAAGUGGCUCAUUAGCGCUCUUAUCUGAAGUUUCGAUCUAAAACAUAAAGCACCGGAUAUAACAAACAAAAUGUUUAACCUCAACACACCCACAUCACUGCUGGGCAUUGACGGCUGCGGCCUUAGCUCUACACCAAAAACACCUGAAAUUGUCAACUCAUUGAUUGCAAUGACAAAUCCAAUGGACAACUACAAUUUCACGACUUUACAUAAUGGGUCAGCUGCAUCGACACCAGGCAGUGCUGCCUCCUUGCGUGGUUUCAACGGUGCCCCGAAUGCGCAGAUUAUUUCGCAGGACAGUAGUCAUUCCAGUUCUUCUACUUCACCGGUUGAUUCACCGGGUGGAACAAAUACCACACCACCGAGUGUUCAGCAGACCUGUUCGCAACUAAUCAAGGCUGGUCUCAAACUUUCCAUUCAAAGCAAACGAAAACUUUCUACUUGUGAUUCCAGCUCUGGUUCCGAUCAGCCAAACUGCAAAUAUUCUCGUCCCGACGAAGAUGUCGAAGACUCAUCGGAUGAAGAAAAUGAAUGCAAAGCGACGCCAAAGGGGCUAACACCAGAGGAUGAAGAUCGGCGACGCCGUCGCCGUGAGCGCAACAAAAUUGCUGCUACCAAAUGCCGAAUGAAGAAACGGGAGCGUACACAAAAUCUGAUAAAAGAGUCUGAGCAAUUAGAGACCCAGAAUGUCGAUUUAAAGACCCAGGUACGAACUUUGGAAGCUGAACGGCGCAAAUUACUAGAUAUGUUGCAAUGCCAUGUAAUAACCUGUGUACAUGCAGGUGGGUUGAAUUUGCCAUCUAAACUUUUACUGUCGCCAGCUCACAAGUACCUCGCUGCCCUUGAUAUAGAUGAUAGUAGGACUAUUAAUGGGGACUCUACGCCAACAAGUGGGACUACUAGUGGAACCCAGUCUCAAACACAGCAGCAAAUACAAAGCAGCCGCUCACUGAGCAAUAGGUCUGCCCUUGAAGUGCAACGCACUGCGAUCCCACCGAUGUCAACCAUUAAAUUUUCGCGCACUGCUGCAGCAGUAGCCGCUGCUGUAAACCAACAGCUACACCAGUUACCCACGCAACAACAGCAUCUGCCAAAUGGCUACUGUAAGCCGUCACCAACGCCACAGGAGCUUGGCUACCUAGCUUCACCGUCACAAGAAAGCAUAUGCUUGCCUGCCAUUCUUCCGCAACUUCCUUCUCAAACUUUAACCACCCACCAAAUUGGUGCCGCCAAUGCUAGUUCCGCCUCAGUUCCAAGCAUUAACCAGCAGCUCUCUGAUUACAUUCCAAGCUGUGAAAAUAGUCUUGGUUUGGUAUUAGCCCAUACACCCACCUCCGUUCAAAGCAACGAUGACAAUAGUGUACUACUUGGCGACAUGGUAAGUCCACUUUCAGUAAUGUCCACCCCCACCACAGCAACAGAAUUCGUCAAAAAUGAGUUAGUCGACUCGCAGAGCCCUUACACCACCGCCCAAUCCGCUGAACGCUUCCUCUUCGAGAGUAAUUGUGACAGCUUCGUCGACACCAGCUUACAUCAUGGAAGCCUCAAUAACAAUAAUAAUAGCAAUAACAGCAUCGUAGCUCUCCAUCAAAACAGUAACAGCAACCUGUUAGAUUUUAAUACCUCCUUGAUAGGAGGCAGCAGUGGGAUCGUACCAUUCCACGAUCAAAUAUCAAUCAAAAAUGACUACUUGCACGAUGCUGAUUUGUUAGCACAGUUCACAGGAGACGGAGCUGACUUCGUGGACCUCGAUUCCAGCGUUGCAGCGACAUUCAUGGCAAACAAUGGAUGUUUAGCGUGAAAUAAACAGCCAACAGCUGGGAAUAGAUAUAAUGUUUAUUGAGAAAAUCAGAGGUGUAAUCGCAAACAGUUAAUCAUCCGCUUACACAUAAAAAUUUAUUUUCUUAUAUAAAAUAUUCGGGACAUUCAUUGACGUUCAUUGGCAUUUUGCAAUUUGUUAUUCGUAUGUAUAAACAAGCAAUUAGGAAGUGUCGAGUAAAGCAAAACAUAGACAUCACUAAAUUAUAGUCUAAGUUUUAGAAGUAGAGAAAUAAUCACAGACAACCGCAAAGAGUCGCAAAAUGAGUCUCAGUGUGUAUUAACUUGUAUGUCUAGCUGCUAGUGCCAAUAAGGCGCGCCGCUCCUAAUCAAACCAUCCUAGUGGUAGAUAUAAUUAAUGGUGGUCUGGGCCUCACAGAAGUGGUCACAUUUAUUUAACUGAAAUAUUUGUGUCUUCCAAUAAGUAAUAUUGUACAUAUUCCAAUGCGAACAACAUUUCAUUUUUACUGCUAUUUGACUCUCACUUUUCUGUAUAAAAAUUCGAUGCCAAUCACGUAUCUGUACAGAGCCUGCUUACCACCAACCUCGAAUAAAAAGUCGAAUUGACUCGAAUGGUUUUGAUUAUUGAAAUGGCAGUUAAGAGCUCUAGGCAAACUCGUUUUGUGGCUUUACUACCUCAAAACAGCAACGGAAACGGUGUAAUGCGUAAAUUUGUUGUGAUCCUGAAAUUUGAAAGGUUAAGGCAUCCAUGUAAUGGAAAAUAAAUAUUUUUUUAACUUCUAUUAAACGUAUUGAUUUUAUUCACCAAAAAGCAUUCCAAAAUUAAAAAAGUAGGCUUAAAACACAGAAAUGGCUACACAUUUUGUAAGCGUAAGAAGAAUCACAUCCGCAACAGUAAUUAUUAUUUUUAAUUGCAAGAAUAUUUAUACUCUCAAUUGACAAUUAGAAGAUAAGGUUUUGAGGAAGAAAUUAAGCUCUUAUAAUAUACGCCUAAAAAUAAAGUCAAGCAGCAAUGAAUUAAGUUAACGAGAUUACUUAGAAAGCUAAUUAAUUUUGCAAAAAUUUGCUAUGUCCCUGUAACACUUAAUAAAAUUUUAAUAUGUUUUUGUAUUCUAAUUUUUAAAAGUUAAG